AACAAACCAAACUUCAUCUGAGAGUACUUGUAGCUGACAAGAGUUGAAGAAGAAGAAAUUACUACUUGUUCACUAUAUAUUAAUUAUUCAACAACUCCUUUUUUUGUCUACUAAUUGAUUUCCCCAUAUUUCAUUGUAUGGUCAUGAUGGAAUUAAUGGAUUCAUGUAAAAGAUCAAGUGGAGUUCAAAUUCCAGUAUUUGGAGAUUGGGAUAAAGCAAAUGAGCUGCCAAUUACCCAGUAUUUUGAGUCUGCUAGACAAGCUGGCUUGAUUCCUCAUUCUUCUUCACAACAACUCUAUUUCCACAAAACUCAAUUUUAUGCUAUCCCUAAUAAUGUUCCUCACACAAAGACAAAGGGAGCAGCAAUAAAUAAGAAGAGGUGUGGUGGAAAAGUAGAGAAAACAGGUGGGCCUCAAAGACAGACAGCCCAGCGGCCCACUAAGCCUAAACCUGUGGAUGAAGAUCUCUACAAAAUUCCUCCUCAUCUACUUCCUGGAUAUAAAAGAAAGAGAAUGUUUGGAUUCUUCUCAAGAUGCCUUGCUCCCCCUUGCAAGGCAUAGAUAGGUACACAAU